UACAGCGUGCCACUGUAUUCUCCUAAUUUCGAGCAGAGAGGCAUAGCCAUGGAUUUUGCUCUCUUCUCGCCGUCUUCUCUUUUCGAUGACAACGAUGAUGACGAAACGGCAAAGACUCAUGAGAGCUACGUGGAGAGAAGUCACCAAUUUCCUGGAAUGGAGUUGCUCAUUCGAGAAUUCUCUUUCCACGAGCUGAAUGCUAAUUUGCUUUGGCCAGGGACAUUUUCAUUUGCAGAAUGGUUGGUUCAGCAGAGGUCGUGGGUAGAAGGGCGCCGCACCAUUGAAUUGGGCAGUGGAACCGGAGCUUUGGCCAUUUUCCUGAGAAAAUCGUUCCAACUUGACAUCACUACAUCAGAUUAUGAUGAUCAAGAAAUCGCAGAGAACAUAGCUCAUAAUUGUAGUGCUAAUGGCAUUUCUCCUGUCCUUCCUCACGUGAAGCAUUCAUGGGGGGAUGCCUUUCCAUCUGCUGAGCCCGAUUGGGAUCUGGUUAUUGCUAGCGAUAUAUUGUUGUAUGUGAAGCAGUAUGCUAAUCUAAUAAAGACGCUGUCCUUUCUCCUCAAGUCUUACAAGCCUAAAGCUAAUGAAGCAGAUUCCAAGAUGAUUAAUGAACAGAACGGAGAUAAGUGGUUGGGACUGUCCUAUCCAGCAUUUCUAAUGAGUUGGAGACGCAGAAUUGGAAAGGAGGACGAGUCACUUUUCUUCAAUGGGUGUGAGAAUGCAGGUCUUGAAGUACAACAUUUAGGUUCCCGUGUGUAUUGCAUUAAGCCUGGAGCAACUGCCAAGGGAACAACCCGAACUUCAGUUCUCAGUUGCGAGACUGCGGUUCAACUCGUACUCUCUUGAAUGAUAGUUGAUCCAUACUCCUACUUUAAUUUGCUUCCUGUGAUACCCGUCCCAUACCAGAAGUCGACAUGGGUGAAUGAUAAAUGAUGUGGGCUAAUACUAGUAACUUUGGCUCAAGUAUUUUUCUUGUGUUGUCUAGUUGUAAAAAGUUACACGCCAGUGGUCUACAUAGGGGGUUUUAAACUUUCCCAAGAGCUGGCAUCACAGACGCUGAGAAUUUACUUAUGUACUUCCAUUUGUAUCCUUUUUAAGUUUUUGAGCUUUUGGAUGCCA